CAGAAGAAGCUGCCGCAGCUCUUCGAGAGGGCCUCUUCCAAGUGGUGGAACCCCAAGUUCGACUCCAACAACCUGGAGGAGGCUUGCAUGGAGAGGUGCUUCCCGCAGACCCAGCGCAGGUUCCGUUAUGCCCUCUUCUACAUUGGCGUUGCCUGCCUCCUUUGGGGCAUCUACUUCGGCGUGCACAUGAGAGAGAAACAGAUCGUUUUCAUGGUGCCGGCUCUGUGCUUCCUUUUGGUAUGUGUAGCUUUUUUUGUGUUCACUUUCACUAAGACUUACGCCCGCCAUUACGUAUGGACUUCUCUGGUACUCAUCCUCCUGGUUUUCGCUCUGACACUGGCUCCGCAGUUCCAGGCUCUGAAGCCUAUCUCAGGAAGUGGUGACAUGUCCAACCAGACUGCCCCGGCAGAUCCCACAGACACUUGUCUUUCUCAAGUAGGCAGUUUUUCUAUGUGUAUCGAAGUGCUCUUGUUGCUUUACACGGUGAUGCACUUACCCUUGUAUUUAAGCUUGUUUCUGGGGCUGUCGUACUCGGUCCUCUUCGAGAGCUUUGGUUAUCACUUCCGUGACGAGACCUGUUUCACGCCGCCCGGAGCCGGGGCGGUUUACUGGGAGCUGCUGAGUAAAGCCUUCCUGCACAUCUGCAUCCACGCCAUCGGGAUCCAUUUAUUUAUCAUGUCCGAAGUCAGAUCGAGAAGCACAUUCCUGAAAGUGGGGCAGUCCAUCAUGCAUGGAAAAGACUUGGAAGUGGAAAAAGCCCUGAAAGAGAGGAUGAUUCAUUCUGUUAUGCCAAGAAUAAUAGCCGAUGACUUAAUGAAGCAGGGGGAUGAUGAAAGUGAAAACUCCAUCAAACGUCAUUCCACCUCCAGCCCCAAAAACAGGAAGAAGAAGCCCUCCAUCCAGAAAACCCCCAUCAUAUUCCGUCCUUUUAAAAUGCAGCAGAUCGAGCAAGUGAGCAUUUUGUUCGCGGAUAUCGUUGGCUUCACCAAAAUGAGCGCCAAUAAAUCUGCCCACGCUCUGGUGGGGCUCCUGAACGACCUCUUCGGGCGCUUCGACCGCCUGUGCGAGGACACCAAAUGCGAGAAGAUCAGCACUUUGGGGGACUGCUACUACUGCGUGGCCGGCUGCCCGGAGCCCCGCGCGGACCACGCUUACUGCUGCAUCGAGAUGGGCUUGGGCAUGAUUAAAGCCAUCGAGCAGUUUUGCCAAGAGAAGAAAGAAAUGGUGAACAUGAGAGUCGGCGUUCACACCGGGACGGUCCUGUGUGGCAUUUUGGGAAUGAGGAGAUUCAAGUUCGAUGUGUGGUCCAACGAUGUCAAUUUGGCCAAUCUGAUGGAGCAGCUCGGGGUGGCUGGAAAAGUCCAUAUUUCGGAAGCUACCGCCAAGUAUUUGGACGACCGUUACGAAAUGGAGGAUGGGAAGGUGAUUGAGCGGGUCGGUCAGAGUGUGGUAGCCGACCAGUUAAAAGGGCUGAAGACUUAUCUGAUCUCUGGUCAGAAGGUGAAGGAGCCCCACUGCAGCUGUUCCCAAGCAUUGCUUCCUGGCUUGGAGUCUGGAGAUGGAGCCAGGAUCCAGGGAGCGUCGUCAGCCGAGAACGCCGGUGACACGUCAAAGACUCUCAAACAGGCAGAAAAGCCAAAGCCUUGCCCUUCCUGUAGUAGCACCCUUGCUCCCCACUGCGAUGUCAGCGUAGACGAAGGAGCUAUCCAAAACGGUUGUCAGGAUGAGCAUAAAAACAGUACAAAGGCUCCAGGAGGACACAGUCCAAAGACUCAGAAUGGACUUUUGAGUCCUCCACAGGAAGAGAAGCUCAGCAACAGUCAAACCUCGCUUUAUGAAAUGUUGCAAGAGAAAGGAAGAUGGGGUGGAGUGAGUCUGGAUCAGUCAGCUCUCCUUCCUUUGAGGUUCAAAAAUAUCAGAGAAAAGACAGAUGCUCACUUUGUGGAUGUGAUUAAAGAAGACAGCCUCAUGAAAGAUUACUUCUUCAAGCCACCUAUUAACAAGCUGAGCCUGAACUUCUUGGAUCAGGAUUUGGAGAUGGCCUACAGGACGAGCUAUCAGGAAGAGGUUAUAAAGAAUGCUCCAGUGAAGACGUUUGCCAGUGCUACCUUCAGCUCGCUCCUGGACGUGUUCCUCUCCACCACAGUCUUCCUCAUCCUCUCUAUCACAUGUUUCCUGAAGCACGGGAUGGUGGCGUCCCCUCCACCGCCUGCAGCAGUCGUGGUGUUCAUCAUUGCCAUCCUGCUCGAGGUGCUGUCCCUUGUCAUCUCAAUUAGGUAA